AUGGUUUUCGGAUCACCAGUCGGAGGCGACUGCGUCAUGCUAGCUCAACUCGCGUGGGACUGCUUGCAAGGCUCGAAGGAUGCCGUUGGAGAGAAUGACGGGCUCACGCGUGAGCUUCUGGGCCUUUACAAGAGCCUCAGUCGACUCCGGGACGAACUUGCAAACCCCACUUCCUUGGUGAACCGAGCGAACGACGAGCGACGACAGGAAUUGGAGGAGCACGCGGCGGAUUGUGAGGGCAUACUGAAGGUCAUGAAUACGGUGUUGGCCAGGUACAAUGCUUUAGGAAGAGAACAGCGAAAGAGUAGGAGGUUAUGGCAGAAGAUACAGUUUGGCAAUGGGGAGACGAAAGACUUAAGGGAAGUCCGGAACGAGCUAUCUGCGCAUGCCUCGGCGAUCACAAUGGGCUUCAACCUCUGCGCGUUACACUCCCCAGGCAGGGUUGAGACAACGUUGGAGAUGGCAGAGGAGCAAUCACGCAGGCAUGGUAGAUCAUUGCGAGGGCUUCGGACAUCGUUACACUGGGUGAUAGCGAACUUGUCGUCCGUGGUCGGGGAGGGCUCUGUUCGAUCGAGUUACGCCAACGACGAUAAAAUCUUCUGGAGGACACUUCGCAAUGAACUUGUGAAGGAGGGUUAUGACAAUUACGAACUUCAGAAGCACAGAAGACUGAUCAAGGAUUACGUCGAUGAGCUUGUCAACCGAGGUGUAUUG